AUGGGUCUCCCCCUGGUCGGAGACCUAUGCAAGAGAGAUAAUCCCUGCGUCGACUCAGCAACGUGCAUCAUAGAUCCCGCGGCGCCAAUCAUUGGAAGGCCAUUUUGCAUAUGUCCUCAAGGCUUCAGUGGCGACGGACGGAAAGAUGGGGAUGGCUGCCACGACAUCGACGAGUGCAUGGAACACGCUCAUAGUUGCCUUCCCGAGUCUGAAAGAUGUUUCAAUACGUACGGCGCCUACGAAUGUCAUUGUAAGUCCGGAUAUGCUAAACGUCCUGGUGACCAGCACUGCAGGGACAUCAACGAGUGCCUGGACGAAUCUAUAUGUGGCGACAAGGGUGCCACCUGCGUUAAUUUGCCAGGAUCUUUCACUUGCGCUUGUUCGGAUCCGCGGCAGGAAUAUUCUAAUGGUCGGUGCGUGAUUAAGGAUUUCUGUGCUGACCCAGACUACAAUAAUUGCGACAAGAAUUAUGGAGUUUGCAUAAAUGGCGUGGAUGGCGCGGAAUGCUUGUGUAGGGAAGGUUUCCAGCUCGCUGAUGAUGGUGUCAGCUGCGUCGACAUUGAUGAGUGCCGGACUGGCGAUCAUAAUUGUCCGCUAGAUAUUUCUGAGUGCGUGAAUGAGAAGGGAAGUUACCGCUGCGAGUGCUCCGAGAAGAAGGGGUGGACGAAUUCUGGUAGCUACGAGUGUGUUAACCUGAACGAAUGUGAGGUGUACCCUGAUGUUUGCGGGCCGGGCUUCGACUGUUGUCGAGAUUUGCCUCCUCCUCGCAAAUAUCUCUGCAGCGAGGUACUUAUGGGUUUCGAGGACCCCGAUGAGGUCGCGGUGGAGGGUGUCCCUUCUUUACUGAAUCCGCUUGCGAUGAUGAAUUUUGGAGCGAAUCAGGUACGAAAGUUUGUUCACAAAACCACAGAAGAGUUUCUGCCAAACAUUUUCCCUGCAACCGGCUACCGGAAUUUAAGAGUUACCCCGGAAAUGGCGCUAGAGCAAUCGCUGUCAAUGCUGCCGGAGCAAUACGAAUACUUUGCCGGAUCCAUGCCUCGACGGUUGGGUGGGAUGGCAGACCAAAUGGUGAAGUACACGGUUGAGGCUGCUACGCAUAUUGUGCCCGCUCUGGCGCCGAAUCAUGAUAAGGGGACAUGUCCUUUCGGAUUUGUAGAUCUGAGACCGAUAAAGAGGCGCGCAGCAUUGAAGAAGGUCCCGGAGGCAUCAAGCAAGCUUUUUUCAUGGAUCAAGGAGAAUUCGCCAAUUAAAUUAUACGACGUGGAGAAUGUCGAGCCAGCGGCUGUUGCCGUAGGUCUGGCCCAUAACGCUAAGAAUCUGUUUGAUCAAAUGAGUGAAUGGUACAAGGCACUGUCCGCGGUUCCUGCGGCCUUGGAAGGACAUGCGGACCAAGUGACCGGGCGAAUCAACAUCCAAAAGGACAUGGACCAUUUGGUCAGUCUGGUUGGAAAGGCAUCGCAGCCGUUUAAGGAGGCAAUCAACACUGUGAAGGCCUGGAUCCCGGAGGACCGUGCUGGGUCGAGCGACCUCACUGGAUUACCCGUAGCAGUUUAA